UUGAGAGCUUUGGUGCAGCUCUCCCGCCAUGAACUCCCUUACUCUCCUCUCACAUCCUCCGCACACCACGCUCCGCUCUUCCACCCUCUCCACAGACGAAGCCUGUCCAUUUCUCCAACCUCACUCCCAUUCUCGAGCCCUAGGGUUUUGUUUCCCCAAACCGCUCCGCCCACCAGCUCAGAUCUCAUCUCGGUUUCGAAUCUCAUACAAGUUUCGACGCUCACUCUUUCCGGUGGAACCUCAGCUAUCCGAUGUCGACGAGGACGAUGAUGACGAUGACGACGAAGCCGCAGAUGAAUACGACGACGUCCCCGGUGAAGCUUCGGACGGAGUGGAAGAAGAAAUCGAAACAUCGAUGGCUACAUCUGAGGCGCCUGCGUCUCGGUCUGAUGAAUUAAAGUGGCAGAGAGUGGAGAAGCUCUGCAACGAAGUCAGAGAGUUCGGCGAAGAGCUGAUUGAUGUCGAAGAACUAGCCUCCAUUUACGACUUUCGAAUUGACAAGUUUCAGAGGUUAGCAAUUCAAGCGUUCUUAAGAGGUUCAUCGGUUGUAGUUUCCGCCCCGACAAGCAGCGGUAAGACUUUGAUUGCAGAAUCUGCAGCUGUUGCCACAGUAGCCAAGGGAAGGAGAUUAUUCUACACAACUCCGCUUAAGGCAUUAUCGAAUCAGAAAUUCCGCGAGUUCCGUGAGACCUUCGGUGAUAAUAAUGUUGGCCUUCUUACUGGAGAUUCUGCAGUCAACAAAGAUGCUCAAGUUUUGAUUAUGACCACAGAGAUCCUGAGAAACAUGUUAUAUCAGAGUGUUGGAAUGGUUUCUUCUGGGAGUGGGCUUUUCCAUGUGGAUGUAAUUGUUUUGGAUGAAGUGCAUUAUCUAAGUGACAUAUAUCGGGGUACGGUCUGGGAAGAGAUAGUUAUAUAUUGCCCAAAAGAAGUUCAACUUAUUUGUCUAUCAGCUACAGUUGCAAAUCCAGAUGAGCUGGCUGGUUGGAUUAGUCAGAUACAUGGUAAAACUGAGUUGGUCACAUCAUCAAAGCGUCCUGUUCCAUUGACUUGGCACUUUUCUACAAAGACUUCUUUGUUACCUCUUCUUGACGAGAAGGGAAAAAGUAUGAAUAGGAAGCUGUCUCUCAGUUAUUUACAACAUUAUGCUUCAGGAGAUAACUCUUACAAGGAUGAGAGAUCUAGAAGAAGGAAUUUUAAAAAACGUGAAAGUGACAUGAGCUACAGCAGUUUUGCUAGCAUUCAUGGACAAUCCUCUCUUUCAAAGAAUGACAUAAACACAAUUCGUCGUUCGCAAGUUCCUCAAGUUAUGGAUACAUUAUGGCACCUUAAGGCAAGGGAUAUGCUGCCAGCAAUUUGGUUUAUUUUUAGCAGGAAAGGAUGUGAUGCAUCUGUUCAGUAUCUUGAAGAUUGCAAUCUCCUAGAUGAGUGUGAAAUGAGUGAGGUUGAUCUGGCCUUGAAAAGGUUCCGUCUUCAGUAUCCUGAUGCUGUCAGGGAGUCUGCUGUAAAAGGCCUUCUGCAAGGGGUUGCUGCACAUCAUGCUGGAUGUCUACCCCUGUGGAAAUCAUUUGUAGAAGAGCUGUUUCAACGAGGACUUGUUAAGGUUGUCUUCGCUACAGAGACACUUGCUGCUGGAAUCAAUAUGCCUGCUAGGACAGCUGUUAUUUCAUCUCUCAGCAAAAGGGGUGAAAGUGGACGUAUUCAAUUGAGCUCAAAUGAACUGCUUCAAAUGGCUGGGCGUGCUGGACGUAGAGGUAUUGAUGAAAGUGGACAUGCGGUGCUUGUUCAGACCCCCUACGAUGGUGCUGAAGAAUGCUGCAAGCUUCUCUUUGCUGGGGUUGAACCUCUUGUUUCACAGUUUACUGCUUCAUAUGGAAUGGUUCUGAAUCUUCUUGCAGGUGCAAAAGUUACUCGUAGAUUGAGUGAAUCCAAUGAUUUGAAGGUUCUCCAAGCAGGACGAACUCUGGAAGAAGCUAGGAAGUUAGUUGAGCAAAGUUUUGGAAACUAUGUUGGGAGCAAUGUUAUGCUUGCUGCAAAAGAGGAGCUUACAAAAGUAGAGAAAGAGAUUGAGGUGUUGUCUUCAGAAGUUACUGAUGAUGCUAUUGAUAGGAAGAGCCGGAAGCUGUUAUCGGAGAUGGCUUAUAAUGAGAUUGCUAAUCUGCAGGAAGAAUUAAGGGCAGAAAAACGCUUGAGAACUGAGUUACGAAGAAGGAUGGAAUUGAGAAGAAUGUCUGCCUUGAAACUACUAUUGAAGGAGUCAGAAAAUGGACAUUUGCCUUUUGUGUGUUUGCAAUAUAAAGAUUCUGAGGAUGUUCAACACUCAGUCCCUGCUGUCUAUUUAGGGAAGGUUGAUUCAUUUGAUGGUUCAAAAGUCAAGAACAUGGUCUAUACCAAUGAUUGUUUUGCACUAAAUGCAGUAGUGACAGAGCUAAAUGUUGAUGAUACUGACAGUCAACCCAAUGGCAAACCAUCUUAUUAUGUGGCUCUUGGUUCAGAUAACUCUUGGUAUCUAUUUACAGAAAAGUGGAUUAAAACAGUUUAUAGAAUGGGCUUUCCUAAUGUUGCCUUAGCUCAAGGUGAUGCCUUGCCUCGGGAAAUUAUGAGGGCACUUCUUGAUAAGGCAGACAUACAGUGGGAGGAGCUUGCUAAGUCUGAACUUGGAGGUUUAUGGUGUAUUGAAGGAUCCCUAGAGACAUGGUCUUGGAGUUUAAAUGUGCCAGUUUUGAGUAGCCUUUCUGAAGAUGAUGAGGUGUUAAAAAUGUCUCAAGCAUACUAUGAAGCUGUAGAGUGCUACAAGGAGCAAAGAAAUAAAGUUUCACGUUUGAAGAAAAAGAUAGCACGCACAGAAGGGUUUAAAGAGUACAAGAAGAUUAUAGACAUGAGUAGGUUCACUGAGGAAAAGAUUAAACGCUUGAAGGCUAGAUCAAAUCGUUUGAGUAGUCGAAUAGAGCAAAUUGAACCAUCUGGUUGGAAGGAGUUUCUGCAGGUCAGCAAUGUCAUACAUGAAACUAGGGCAUUGGAUAUCAAUACACAUAUAAUAUUUCCUCUUGGGGAAACUGCAGCUGCAAUUCGGGGAGAAAAUGAACUCUGGCUUGCAAUGGUUCUUCGGAGUAAAGUCUUACUGGGUUUAAAACCUGCACAACUUGCUGCAGUAUGUGGAAGUUUAGUUUCUGAAGGGAUCAAAGUUCGUCCUUGGAAAAACAACAGCUAUAUAUAUGAAGCUUCCACUACUGUAAUCAAUGUCAUCAGUCUUUUGGAUGAGCAAAGAAACUCCCUUUUGCAACUUCAAGAAAAACAUGAUGUACAGAUACCUUGCUGUUUGGAUAGCCAAUUUUCUGGAAUGGUUGAAGCCUGGGCAUCUGGUUUAACUUGGAGGGAAAUUAUGAUGGAUUGUGCAAUGGAUGAGGGAGACCUAGCUCGCCUCUUACGGCGUACAAUUGAUAUAUUGGCUCAGAUUCCCAAAUUGCCUGAUAUUGACCCAUCGCUGCAAAGCAACGCAAUGACUGCAUCCAAUGUGAUGGACCGCCCUCCAAUAAGUGAGCUGGCUGGAUGAAAUUGUAAAUAACACCACAGGUUUUCAUAAAGGUUGUAUAAUUGGCACAUUAGAUCCACAGUGUUUAUAGCAUUUGAUAUAACUCAACUCAAUUAAGCUUUAACCACCAAAAUUUGGGAAUUCAACCUUUUGCAACUCUUACAAAAACCUUGUUAAAUUACCACACAAUUUGUUCAGUUCUCUGUCAAAUGUAAACGGUUAAACUAUUAGUUUUAUUAGUUUUGCCCUGAUUUAUUAUUUUUAUUUUUUUAAACAAUAAAAAGUUGUAAUUUUAAUUAGUUUUGCCCCCAACUUUUUGGAUCACCCAGUUUAGCUUUAGUUUUAUGUACCUCUUGAACAUUUGAAUGUUAAGAAUGUUAGAAACAUCAUUUUUCUGUAAUUUGAAAACUGUCAAAGACUUUUUAUGCUGUUGCUUGAGGCUUUUGCCAGGUUUCAUGCUUCUGAUAGGUUUGCAAUUUGAGGGGAGCUAGUGGGGUGGAUUCUCGUUUCCUGAAGCCUUUAGUCAACCCAUUGUUGGUUAGAAAAUUUUGGCCUGGUUGGAUAAAGGCAUGCUUUUACGAGAACCAGAAGGGAGUCAAAAUCUACCACAAAGUUGACUUCUAAUAUCCCCAGGGGCAUUGGAAAGCUACAUAACAAAAUUCCAGUAACUUGAUACAAGCCCACUCUCUGCAGCUUCAUCAGUCUCCUGAAAGCUACUGGAAAUAAUUCUCUGAAAGGUGUACCUGGAGAUCCAGUGGCAAGGAUUGGUGGUCUUUUGCAGGUCUCCAUCUGUAAAUAUGGAAUUCUUUGGAGAUGCAGGGCCGUUAACGUCAUUUUUUUGUAUUCCUGACCUCAUAACAUGUUUGAUCCAAGCAAAAACGCCAACCAGGGAAGAUUUUUCCUUCUUAAGGAUAAAUUAGAUGACUGCAGAAAUAUAAUAAGUGGGUUUUUGGUUCAUUGGGUCGAAGAACCUAAAAUGCAAAACAUUUGUAACAGCUUCGUGCCUCUGAAGGUCAGUAAACCUAAGAUGGCCUAGAAACAGCAGGAGUUCAAUGUCCCAAAUCCCAAGGAUACAAAGACAAAUUGACGUCAUCACCGAUUUGUAUUUUGUUUCAGGGUCCCAUGUCUUGUUCUCGAUGCUUUCAUGUCAAAGGGACCAUUAACACCCUGUAUGUUAGAGGAGAUAUUUUAUUUGCCAAUGCUCACGAUGAUGGUCUGUUGUAUAAUUCUUGAUAUUCAGACAAGUCCCAGUCUAUCA